GCGUGUGUAGGAUGACUAACUUUGGUUCGGCAGAGCUGGCGUUCUCCAGUGCUGAGGGUUACGGUGAGGACAGUGGGCUGGCUGUCUAUGUCGCUCAGGCUAUCGACCCUACUCUCUGCUGGGAACACAUUGCUUGGCUGAAGAAAAACACACACCUCCCUGUGGUCGUCAAAGGUGUCCUGAGAGCUGAAGAUGCGUUAGAAGCACUUAUCCACGGUGUAGAUGGGAUCCUGGUAUCUAACCACGGAGCAAGGCAGCUAGACGGGGUCCCAGCUACGCUGGAUGUGCUGUCUGAGGUGGUGUCAGCAGUAGCAGGGAGGUGUGAGGUGUACCUUGACGGAGGGGUGAGAAGAGGGACAGACGUCCUGAAGGCCUUAGCUCUGGGGGCUACUGCUGUCUUCCUCGGACGGCCUGUACUCUGGGGGCUCGCCUGCCAGGGGGAGCAGGGUGUCAGUGAUGUUCUGGAGCUCAUGAGAGAUGAGCUACACCUGGCGAUGGCCCUGGCAGGUAACAAUGGAUAA